ACUCGACACUGUCGAGGUUUUUUGGAGGCCGUUCAUGUGCUAUAAGGCGUUCGCUGUUGCAGAGGAGAUCGUGAUCGAGGAGAUCGUUGAGGACGAGCGCGAAGUGUUCGUGCGGUGUUGCAGUCGUGUAGUUCAAGCAUUCGUGCGCAUUGGAGCGUGGAGACUCAUCCUCUUAUGUGCGUAGAGUUUGUUUCUAUGCAUUUGUAUUUAAUCAUGCUGUAAUUUCUCUAUAUAAUCGCAUAACUGUUUGUUUACAAGUCGACUGUAAAUGAUUUGUUGAUGCAUGAUUGUAAUUUGGAAUAGUCUUGCUUCCGCUGCUCACAGAAAUUGGGAUUCUGAUUUCCUUCAAGGCCGAUGUUCCACAAACAGAGCCCGACAUGUCUACCUUACUCACCAUGCCACAUACAGAGGCUGACAUGUCUGGCAUCCCAAGGGCCGACACUUCUGGGAUUGUUAUGACCACAGAAGAAGUUAUACUAAAUCUUGAUGAAUUAGUUGUAAGAGGAAACCUGUUAACAAAUAUACACCUCCAGCUCAAGUAAAGAAGAAAAGUGUGGUUAAGUAUCCUCUCCCAGGUAUAGCUACAUCACUAUCCAAAGCGAUCGUCACAUAUAACGUAGCACAUGAUGUUCCACACAAUAUCCUUAUAGAAAUGUUAGGCUGGAUCUCGGACGACAAUACGGACAACGAGGUUCGAGAGAACUCCUUUAAACCACUCGCCAAGCAAUUCUUUAAGGAAUUGAUUGCCUCGAGUUCAUGGGUCAAGUGCGAUAAAAUAAUACUUUAUUUUAUUUUUAUGAAAGAAAAACUUUAUACCCAGCCUGACAUGUGUAUGCACAAGUUCACCAUCUUAUCAAUUGGUGUAACGAGUCACCUUAAUGCUCAUGGCGGGGUGUUUAGACGAAUAAAGAAUAAGACACUUCUAGAGGCCGCCCUAGCAUGGGAAGAUGAAGACACGUAUAAGAACUACGUCAUUGGUAAAUUCGAUGUCAAAUGGGCAGAUGUAGAUUUCAUUUAUACUGCGAUGAAUAUCAGUGAGCACUGGAUUGUCCUUGCAAUGGACAUUAACAGAGGCCACAUAUUCGUGUUCGAUUCACUUCCGUCAUACACACCAAUGACAAAGUUGGUGAAUUGGCUAGAGCCAUUGACUGUCACAGUACCAUCCUUACUUCACUACUGUGACGUAGAUCGUUCGAAGUCGGACCUAUCCACAGUCCGUUGGAAAACCUCGCGACCUAUGAACGUCGACAUAUAACACGGGUCGCUUGAUUGUGGCAUCUUCGCAAUCAAAUUACUAGAACACCUGGUGACUGGUGUUAAUCCGUCUGUAAUCACUCAGGAGAAGAUGAGUGAAUAUAGGAUGCAGUUAGCAUGUCAACUAUGGGCAAACAUCCCAUAUUUUUUAUGUGUAUAGAACAUGUAUUUUUUAUUGUAUUUUUAUUAUAUUUUUUAUGUAUGUAAAAACAUUUAUUUUUUAUGUAUA